AAGACAGCAAUGUGCUGAGCCAAUGGCUUUUGCACAGAGCAGCUGGCUGGCAUCAGGACAGGACAGGCCGCGCAGAGGAAGGAUACCUUGAGGACGGCUCUUCUCCGCUCGCUGUAGGACACUGAGGUUUACUUCCAGGAGGUGUUCAUGGGAUGCACUAUCUACGCAGCCAGCCCUAAGGCCCUGCCUGCCGAAGAGGCCCCAGGCCAGGACAGAUACUACCAGCUCCCCCACUACCGCCACCCUUAUGGUAACUGCAGUCAGCGGAUAGCAGCCGGCAGAGCCAGGAGCAUGACUGAGCAGCAGGAGCAGAGCGAAGAAACAGGCCUGCUCUCAACACAGGACCUGGACCACUCCAAGGACGACGACACGCACGGCCACUUCAGGUUUCAGCUGAUUGAAGAUCUGUCCUAUGAAGAUGUGAAGAAAUGUUACCGGGGCUCGACUGUCAGCAAGUACAACUCGCAGUACCACAAACUGUUCCAGUGUGUGCCCAAGGAUGAGAUCCUCAUGAAAGUGUACUCCUGUGCUCUGCUCAGAGAUAUUCUUCUACAAGGACGGCUCUACAUUUCCAGAAACUGGCUGUGUUUCUAUGCCAACCUCUUCGGCAAGGACAUCAAGGUGGCUAUCCCUGUUGUUUCUGUGAGGCUGGUGAAGAAGCACAAAACAGCGGGCCUUGUGCCCAAUGGUUUGGCUAUCACCACAGACACCGGCCAAAAGUAUGUGUUUGUAUCUCUGCUAUCAAGAGACAGUGUCUAUGAUGUCCUCCGUAGGAUCUGCACACACCUACAGGUCAAUGGGAAGAGCCUGAGCUUGAAGCAGUUCAUGGAGGAGCCGAUCUUAUCGCUGAACGAGUUCCCGGUUCCAGACGAGUUCCCGGCGGUUGACGAAUUCCCAUCAGUUUUAAAGUGGAGAAGGAAACCCUCGGUGGUGUCUGUGUCGUCCUCCCUUCCUGACCUCUUGGGGAACUCCACCAGCAGCCUGAACACCGCAGACACACCCUUCAAAUCAGAACAGCCGCUGGAAGAGCGCGCCCUACAAACAGACAGAGGUCUUUUAUCAGAGCCACUGGCAGAGCUGGGCCAGAUGGAGUACCAGCUGCUCAAGUUCUUCACCCUGCUUAUUAUUCUCCUCAUUCUGUCAUCAUGCUACCUGGCCUUUCGUGUGUGCAGUCUGGAGCAGCAGCUGUCCUUCCUCAGUAACCCAAAUCUGCCCCUGAGAGAGAGGUAA